AUGUCGGCAACCUCGGGCAUCCACUCCAACAAGCCCAACCGCGCCCCUCGCGAAUUCGACGGCAAGAACAUCAUGCCUCCCAGCUACUGCCCCACGGCCAAAGACCGCGUAGUCUUUCCCGCCAAAAAUGGCAAAGUCGAGGCAUCCCACAUCUGCAUUGGCGCCUGGCCCUGGGGCGACAAGAGCACCUGGCACUACAAGGAAGAAGAGUUUCCAGCGAUCGAGGCUGCCUGGCGCGAGCUCUACGACGCCGGCAUCAACUUUAUCGACACGGCCCAGGCGUACGGCAGCGGCGAGUCCGAGAAGCUCGUGGGCAAGCUGGUCAAGGGUCUGCCUCGGGAUAGUUAUGUGAUCCAGACCAAGUGGCUCGGGACGGCGCUGGACGCCAAGAACUAUGUGCACGCCAGCGACGCGCCGUACAAGACGCUCAAGUCCAGCCUGGAGCGGUUAGGGCUCGAGUACGUCGACAUCUAUCUCGUGCACGGCCCGACGCACCCGCAGAGCGUCAAGACGGUGGCCGAAGGACUGGCCAAGUGCGUCAACGAUGGGCUGGCCAAGGCCGUGGGCGUGGCCAACUACGGCAACGACAAGGUGCUCGAGAUGAAGGCGGCGCUGGCCGAGCACGGCAUCCCGCUGGCGACGAACCAGGUCGAGUACAGCAUUCUGCGCAGGUACCCCGAGAUCCACGGCGAGAUCAAGAUGUGUCUCGACAACGGCAUGGUCUUCCAGUCGUACUCGUCUCUUGCCCAAGGUCGGCUGACGGGCAAGUACACGGUCGAGCACCCGCCGCCCAAGACGUACAGGUUCUCGAGCUAUCCGAUGGAGGAGAUCCAGGAGACGCUGGCCGUGUUGGAGAAGAUUGCAAAGGCCAGGGGCAAGGCCAUGGCCAGCGUGGCGCUGAACUAUAACAUUAGCAAGGGGGCAUUGCCGCUUGUCGGUAUUCGGAACCCGGAGCAGGCGAGGCAGGCGAUUGAUGCGCUGGGUUGGAGGUUGACCGAGCAGGAGAUUAUUGAGCUGGACCGGGUGAGCGUGGAGGGGACCAAGACUGUAUUAUGGCAGCAGGGGUAG